AGGAAAAAUUGAAGGGCCGUAACAAACUGGUCCCACGGUUGUUUGGUGUCAGCAAAGAAAGGGUAAUGCGUGUGGACGAAAAGACUAAGGAGAUUUUGGAGAUGUGGCCCCUCACUCGUAUUCGCCGAUGGGCUGCCGGUCCCAACUUGUUCACACUAGAUUUCGGGCAACACAAUCCGGAUGGUAAUUACGCUAUGCAAACUACGGAAGGGGAGCAAAUUGGACAGCUUAUCUCUGGUUACAUUGAUAUCAUUUUGCGCCGCCAGCGCAGCAAACAUACAACUCAUGCCGACGGGGAUGAGGAGAACACCAUAGUGGAGGAAAAUGUGACUCCAUCCAAGGCUCAAGUCAUUUCGAGCGCUACUGGUACUUUGUCUCGUGCUCGUCAGGCUGAUGAAGCUCACAUUGCCCAAGAUGGCAUACUGCAUCCGGGCAGUCGUUACAGAGAUUUCUCCGAGAUACAUCUUGCAACUCGGGGCGAGACAGUAAUUGAACGAACUGUUGAUGGGGCCCAUGUCGGCUCCGGUGUCAUCGUCAACCGAGAUGGCGCGAUACAUGACGGAUGGGGUGACCGUCGACGUCAGGGCUAUCAAGUAAUCGAUUUGAGUCAACCGAAGCGGGCGCUGCUGUCUCGCAUUGAUUUCGGCCUGCGCACUAUUAAAGAGGCAGCCGAAGAGUUGGAUACACCUGUUUACUCCGAUGACGAAGCUUUGCGUGGUGAGGACUCAACCACAAUGCGUUGGCGCGCGGAGGCGCUAGAGCAAGCACGCCAAGGUGUGUGGAGCCAUUUGGGCGCAAUGACAAUGGCGACUGGUCAUCUGGUGUCGUGCUUACAAAGUACACCGAGUGAGCGGCCAACGGAAGACAAUCGUCAAGAUUUUGACUAUACCAAUGUGGAUGCUUCACUCGUCUCCAUCGGUAUGAACAUUCAUGGUCUGAUGCAAUACGUUCGUCUGUUUGAUCAAAUUGGUGCCGCUGAUGGUCGUGAAAGCCAGGCAGUCGGAUUAAGACAGGCGGCACAGGCUCUGUCCGACGCAUUUCUCGAAUUGAUGCGCGCCGCCGUUCCCGCCUCGCCCUUGGAUCCUGAGUCGGAGACUGACAAAGCGUUCUCUCCAAGACAAUCUUCUGCAUCAAUUACGGAGCCUGGCCGACACGGACCCGAUCGCGCUGCUUUACUGGAGGCUGCGAGUCAUGUUGGGGAUGCUAGCCGAAAGCUCUUGCAACUCAUAUCACAGCCUACAGUGCAUGCGAUGAAUAGUCAUGUUGAGUACUGUGAAGCAUCGGAAUUUGAUCUCUUAACCUCUUCAUCUGUCUAUCCGUCAGUUGUUGACUGGGAGGCUCGCGAUCGAUUGCUUUCGGCAACCAAAACCAUCGCUAAUCGAAUGGCACAGCUUGUGAAAACCGCCAAACAAGGUGCAAUGGACAUUGGGCAAGAAGCGUCGGAUUUGAGCACAAAGAAUCCGUCUGAGAUUUCUCAGGACGCAGUUGCCACCCUUCGAGCCACACAAGCCCGCCUUGUUCACUCCGCCACGGUGGCUGGCAAAAGCACUAGCCGUUUGGUCACGUGUGCCAAGGUGGUAGUGUGCACUAUGGAGCAACCGGAAUCACAAGAUCAGCUUCUUCGAACGGCUAAAGAGGUUGGGGUGUCGGCUAACGCCGUCUCUGGUGCGACAGAUGAUCUGAUUCGAAUGUCUUCUGACCUUGUCGGGGCAAACACUCCGCAACACGAUGCGCACUUGCAACUUGGAGACGAUCUCCACGAAGGCGUACUGGAGAUUCAUUCGGGGCUUGAUUCUUUGGUUGACUGUUUAAGGGCAGCCUCCAUUCAGGCUCAUCAAGAUCCGGUCGUUUCCACUCUGUUGUCUGCAUCCACCCAACUCCCCGCAAGCAUUGGCGAUGGGGUAAAUCUCGUGAACAAGGCGAGUACACUGGCUUCCGCUGCAUCUAGUCUGAUGUCUACUUUGCGUUCGGAAGCCUCCCUGGAACAAAGUCGGACAACCCUUUCUUCUGUCGAAGCAGCUAAGCGUGCAGACCUCUUGGAGGCUGACAUCCGGCGCUUACUAACAGCAGCCCAGGCUUGUGCCGACGGGAACCUGCAAUCGUUGGAACAUCAACAAAUGAUUGUAGCCGCAGCUGAGCGGCUGGUGUCAACUUCUUAUGUCGCCUCCGGCCCUAUCAUCCGGGCUCGCCUGACCCAGGGUCUCGAGUUUGCAACUCGGUUAACUGCCGCUAAUGCGGGUCCGCUGGCUACAGUUGGAGGUGAAGUGGUGCGCAUUUCUCAAGGGAACACCUACAAACUUGCUACCAAUUUGGAGCAAUUGCAGAAACGCGUGAUACCCCAAGUUAAUAUGUCCUGUUCCGGUGCUCGCAGCGAACCAUACAAUGCACACAAACAGGCUGAUCUAUUAUCCGCCUCACAAACUUUGAUGCAGUGCCUCGAGGAGCUAUUGAAAAUCACAGAUGCAUUGAUGCCCACCAUUCCCGAUUCUGGCUUGCAGACAGCAUUUUGCGGUGCCGCUAGAAACACACGAGCUUGUCUAACAGAUUUACGGACAUGUUAUGCUGAUUCCGAGUCGGUCUUGUGUACUGAAUCACCAAGUUUCGAUGCAUUGACCAUCAGUCCUACCCAUAUGAAAAAUGACGAACAGUGGUUUGCUGCGAUGUCCAAAAUUAACCGUCGCCUGGAUGAUCUGAAUGAGGAGCUUCGUUCUAACACAACCCGGUUGUUGCCUGAUGAAACUCUCGAUUCCGUUUGUGUAACGCUUUGGGGUGCCGUCAGUCGAUUCAACCGCUCAUUUCCUCCUGCACUUCCUGAUUUAUCAUCCGAAGCUGCUGAGCAACCUCCGGAUCAACCACCCACCUUAAUUUCACGCCUGAUAUCCCACGGCGACACCCCACCUUCAUUUCGCGGUUGGCAGUACGCUGUUGACGUUCUAGAUGAGUUGCUGGAACGUCUCUCACCUCUAGUCCGGGGCAUUCGAGGCCUUGUGGCGUUUCUCACCGUAUCAGCCCACUCACAAACUUUGGAUUAUAGACUCGCCCGCGUUCUCCUUGUCUCGCAUGGACUUUCGACCAAAAGGCAAAGCAACUUAUCCUCUUGCUCAAGUCCGGGUGAUCAAGGGGGCAUGUUCGGUGCAGGCCAUGAAGAGCAAGCACAAUCUACCGCAGAAGCAAUGCUUCAGCAUCUCCUGUCAAUCGGUGAAUCAUGCCUCACUCACACUGGUCAGCUGAUCGCAUGGGUUAUGCGUAGUUCCCCCAUCGAUCCACAGAGUGACGAAACUCACCAGGCAGCUGCAUUAGCUGAUCAGUUGGUCACCUCAGUCAACGCUGUGUUGGGCUACGUCCCGGGCGAAGUGAUCGUGCGACGUUUAAUCGCUCUUUUAGAUGAUGUAGAAGGAAUGCUAAAGGAUGCUGCACGUCAUCCAUCUUCUGCGCAUCAUGUGGCUAGCCCAAACUCGUCAGAGUUACACGGACCAUACAAUCGUCAAGAGAGCCAAGAGAUAUACCAAAAGCUAGCUGAAUCAGCUUGUCAGCUAUCCAAUAUUUGUGUGGAUUCGUUCAAUGUGCUUACUGGCCAAAAGCAGGAGGCCUCCACCAAGGCAAUCGGCAGCGACAGUCAAGUGAUUCGUUUGGCCCACGUGGCCGACCGUAUCACGUGCGCUUUGGCAGAGGUGGUAAGAGCAGCUGGCGGUCGCGGUGCACCAUUGGAUUACGCUGUGUCUCUUCUGCACGGUCUCGUUUGCACUGGACAACCGUUGGUUGCGGGUCUGCGCUACGCGAUGCGCACUGUGGAUACAGGAUCACGGCGUGUUGAUAUUGAUUACGAGGGGCCUUGUCCGGAGCCUGCUUUUCCUCACUCUCUCCUCUUGCUUCGUGAUUGGGCUGUUGAGCUUGGGCUCCAAUCCCAAGCCAGAGCUACGGUCCUGAACUCACCAGACAACGAGCUUGAUACCAAUCCGUUAGAUGUCAUCACCGAUCCAGACGCACUAGGCGCGGUACUUCAAGUACGUCACCAAUGCGACUCCGCGAUUCGGCGCGUUAAAGCUCUAAUUCGACCACCAAGUACCUUGCAACCAGAAUCACGUGAUGCGCGCUCCAGAUCUACCUCUCCUGCUUAUUGUCCCAUUCGCGUACCCACCAUCGACCAAACAUUCCCCGAAUGCUUGCGCAACGUGCACCUUAUAGAUCAGGAUAUCCAAACGUAUACCAAAUACAUUCCAACUGCUGCGGCUGAACGAAACACAGAUGCUUUUGUCUCUUCAGUGAAAGCUGUUGCCCAAGCCACUUGCCAACUUUUGCAGUCCACAAACCAAGCAGCUUACCUUAUCAGUGUAGCGCACCCAGCAUCGAGGCCUGGACGGACUGGUCGAUUGGCCAACUCAGAUCAACUUACGGCUUUGCAUGAUCACAUCGUCGCUGUGCGAAAGGGAGCCAGCGAACUCGGGCUCACUGACGUAAAUGCGACGCCAGACGGAUUACCAUCACUAGAGCUAAUGAACAUCGCGACCAAUGUGGCUAGCCGCGCGACGCAGCUGUGUCAAUGUACCCGGCCCCUUCUGUCGGACUGCAAAACCACACAGGAGAAGCGGACUCUAGCAGAAGCUCUUGAACGCGUUGCGCGAGCAGCCGCGGCCGUCUUCCGAUCUACUCAAACCAUUCCUGCCUCGGAUACCAAUGCGCUGCUCAGUCACUUAAAAUCCGGUGCUACACAGCUCGAAGAGGCUGUUGACCAAUAUGCUGACGUGCUCUUCCGGGCUGCUGGAGGCUGUCCUGCACAGCUGGCAGAAGAGGCCCUCGCUCUGCAGGCCCCUAUUCUGAAAUCUGGUCAGACAGUCGUCAAACGCAGCAUGGAGUUACUGGAAGUUGCACAACAUUUUAUCACCGAUGGUCAAUCGAAACUAGAUACAACGUCGGCUGUAUAUACAAGAUCUCGCCAAUCACUGCUCGAUUCUAUCCACCAACUCCUAGAGAUUUUGCUAUCCCUAGCGCCCGGUGUUGAUGUUUGCAAUGCCGUACAAGCUGACAUUAGCGAGUUGUUGUCUCAAGUGGACAACGCUGCUCUAAAUACCACUUCCAGUGAAGUCUCCGUAUCGAAUUCUCUCUGCGCAUCGCUCAUCGAAAACACAUUCAAUCUAAUCAAAUCAAGUGUGCAGCAGGUUGAACAACAGUGCCUGGAAUCAGUCGAAAACUGGAGACGUGGACAUUGGGAACUGAUGUCACACGGUAUACACCUCGCUGGUUCCUAUGUACGCAGCCUCGUCAAGGAGUGUGUGCAGUGCACAACAGCUGGUCUGUCGCUGUCAUCCGACCAGGCCGAACUGCUUAGCAUGUUGCGAACUGUGUUGGAGGCCAUGCAACAACUGAUCGGAAACCUCAACACAGGCAUCCACACGCGUUCCUUCUCGAAUCUUACUGCGCCCCUUCCCGCGUUGGAUUUUUCCCAUCAACUAAAGCAAGCUUGUAAAGAGUUGUUAGCUCGCGUCGACACCGUCGCCGCACUUCAGGGCGGUCUUUCUUGGCAUAUUUCAUCUAUCACUACUGCAUGUUCUAAGUUGGACGAUAUCGUUUCAUCUUCGAACGGGGUAACUAGCAACGCGCCGUGCGAUGUGGACCAAGUCAUCUCCCUUCCGGCUAGCUUCGUCCAACAUCACACCGAUCUUGGACACCAAUCUAGGGUUUUUGCUGACUCUGCUGUACAUUUGGCUCAGAUAAGUUCAGGAAGGGAUUCCAGCGCAGUGUCUAGUUCUGUGGCCUCUUUGGCUCAGUUGUUUGUUUAUAUGACCGAUACGGUGCAAUCAAUCGCAUGUGCCCUGCUCAAACAGCCCUGCUCAGAAACUGGCCCUUUACUUGCUCGCCGACUUUGUCAGGUCACUCAAGCCCUAGGCGCGGCUUGCACAGACUUCAUUCGGGCUCCAGGCCAUGCGGAGCGCUUCAAUGAAUUGGUCAACAAACUGGAGGGUUUGAAAGCCACCCUGCAAUCAUGUUCUCGUGGCGCAGAUGCCUGUGCAACCGCCGCCGCAAACAUUAGUCGAUUGGCGGCUGACCUCGAUACUGCCGCACUCUUUGCUCGCGCGGGCACUCCUGUUGACCCCGUAGCUGCAAAUGGCUCAACUGCUGCGCCCUUUACACGGACUUCCGUGGCAGUGAAACAGCACGCUUUUCAAUCUGCGCAGGAAGCCGCGAUGCAUGCAGCCAAAGGUAUUGUUGAGGAUAUGCGUACUUUGAUAAAGAAUACCGCUACAUCUCAGGAUGCCCUGGCUGUCUCUGCUCAGAACUGCCUACUGCGUGCGAAGGAAUUGACAGAAGCUGUUAAGUGCGCAACAUCUCGCACUGUUGAUGUGCCUCGAAUUUCCGAAGCUACAACCGAUUCGUGUGUUGAAAGCCAGGUUCAGCUCCUCACAGCUGCAAGAGAUGUGGCCAAUGGUUUGGUUCGUUUACUCUAUCAAGGUAAAUCUGUCUCGGCUGCCUCCUAUGCUUUGGAGGCUUGGGGUGACCGCAGUGAGAAUGGAAGUCUUAGCCAACUCUUGACUUCACACCAGAGGGAGCUGAACGAGACAGCUGUCUCGGUAGUAGAGAGCAUAUCUACCCUCUCCCGUGCACUUCGAAAUUUAAGCGAUCUACUCAACUUCAGCAGGCCUCCUACAGCUCCUUCACCAACACCAUCAACCAUUGCUGAAUCGACGAGUCCUCCAGCUGUACCUCCGAAACGCAUUAGCUUGGUCGGUUCCUUGCCAAGUGGUAAACCUCUCGGGACAGAAAAAACCGGGGGUGCAGACCUAUCUGGGAAAGCUAGUGUGAAUUCAAGCCUAACGUCUGUUCUCAGCGUUUUGGACCAAUUUACAAAGCGGCUUGGAACGUGGUCGGUGCAAAACGGCUGUUUCCAGCGUCCAGACACCGAAUACGAUGCUGCGUCUGAGGAACAAAAUGCGCUUUGUUUGACAACUACUCCCCAGCAACUGAUCGCUGUGAGUCACAGAUUGACACAAGCCGUGAGCAAGGCAAAUUCGGCCACCGGCUCCGGCAAAUUAUCCGAUAUUGCUUUGGCUGGUGACCUCAUCCGCCGUGCAGCAGAAGAUUUAAUCCACACUUUACCUUUGGCUUGCCAAUCCGCUUUGGCUUGUGUACGCAACGAACACCAGCCAUCGAACGGCGAUGUACAGCUGAGUUCACAUGACGAGGAUGGAGGAAUUGUUGAAGAGGAUUCUGGAUCAUCUUUAGCCGCAGUGGAAAUUACCUGUAAUCACGCCCUUGCUGGGACUUGUAAUACCAUUUGCGAGUUAAAGCAGUUGGUCACACACAUGGCUGCUAGUCUAGACAGUGGUCCAGCCAGUCCGGCCAGCGUACAGGUCACUUUGGCCAUGCGCCGCCUGCGUGAAACGGUCCAUGAGAUCAUUGAAAGUGCUACGUUAAUGCCAGGCGGAAGAAAUGGCACUCUUUCAGACCAACCGCCUGUUACCUCAUCCCUUGCUUACCCUGUGGCGUUUCGCAACCGUCCCCCUCCAUCGGCUUCCAACCUUCCGCCACACACCUUGCCCAAACCACCUCAUCGUACAUCCUCACUUUGGGGCGAGUCCCCUCACCAAGACGAAGUGGAACAGAGCAUCGCGGCGGCUAAUGCAACGGCCGCAGAUGCUGCGUCAAUUCCACUCCAGAAGGAAUUAAGUGAAAUGACAGAUGAGUUGGAGCGAAGUGUACUAAAGAUUGGUCGGCUCCACUCAAAACAUAGCUCGAGCACAAAGAAGUCAGUCCGAUUUACUACCACGGUGCUCCAGGAAGAGCCAUCCAGCACGACUGAUGAGGCCAUUACUGUGAGUCCCCUGACUACUUCGGCAUCGAACUCCCAAAAUCUUGACGGUGUGGUGAGUACCGACUCGAGUGAAGAUAUCGACACCGUGCUUGCCGCGUCUCAGCACGUGAUUCGCACAACUUUGAGCCUGAUGUACUGGGCAGCGGCAGCUCAGCGAGAGUUAGUUCAGCAGGGCCGGCUAAAACCAAUUGACAUAGAGCAAAGCAGCGUAACCGAACCCGACUCUCAAUGGGCUCAGGGUCUGAUAUCUGCAGCUCGCUACGUAGCCGCUGCGGCCAAUUAUGUCGUUGAGUCUGCUAGAGCCAUGGUCUCUGUGCGCACCAGCGUCGUAGAACCUUGUGAUUCGGAAUCAGGUGCCGCUGGGAAACGAAAACCAGAGGCACUGAUAUGCGCCGCGCAAACAACUGCUGGUUGUACGGCUCAGUUAGUCGUGGCGUGCGUUGCCAAAGCUGACCCAACCUCGAGAAGUUGUAUCGGGUUGAGACAGGCCGCAGCUUCAGUCAAGCGAGCUACAGACAACCUGGUUCGUAUCGUCCAGUCCUCGUCGACCCACACUGUGCAACCUGGGGAAGUGAAAGAGUCGACUACCCGGUCGUUUGAUAAUCUGAACACCAGUGUGGUUGCCUCGAUGCGGCAGGUGAUCGAAACCAAAUCCAGCAUAGCAGCCAAGCAGAAGGAACUGGAUAACUUACACACGCAGUUGAAACACAUACAUCAAGAUCAAUACAAAUCGCAUGCAGUUUGAUCGUGGUUUUGCCGUCCCCCAAUUUUCAUCCCCUUUACCCACAGUCGUUGUGAUGCCUUCCUGCCUGACUGCGCCGUUUCCAAAGUAUCGCCCGCGUGACUUCAACUAUCUGCCGGUCUUCCAUUAGGCGUUUAACUUUGUCAACCCCGUCUCUUUUCGUUACCCUUUUGACCCUCAUUAUCAUCACCUUCGCCAUGUAAAGUAACACACCGCUCUCUUCAUCCGAUUUAUCCGCAUUAUCAUCAUCCUUAAUAUGCUUUUGCCACGGUCUUAUCUUUGUGUUACUUCAUCUGCAUUCUUCCACCGACUACAGCAUACUUUUAUAUUUUUAUAUUACAGUCCGGAUGAUUUACUUACGAGAUUAAUCUUUUCUGCAUACUUGGUUCGUUUACUUCAGGGCUUGCAAUGGUCAUUGGAA